UGGAUUAUGGCUGAAGAUCGCGGAUAUUAGAAGGAGAGAAAUCUACAAACCGAGAGCAAAGAGGAGGCGAAGCUGUGACUCUUCAGCAGCUCUGACACACUACUCACACAGCAGUGAUGGCGCAUGUCUUCAACCAUGGGAAGCUGCUCCUGCAGCGCCUGCACCAGCAGCGGGAGAUGGACUUUCUGUGUGACAUCACCAUAAUGGUGAAGGACGUGGAGUUCAGGGCUCACCGUAACAUCCUCGCUGCAUUCAGCGAGUAUUUCUCCUCCCAUGCUGAAAAGGGGGAAGAGAUCACGACUUUGGACCCCGACAAGGUCAGCCGGUACUCGCUGGAGAAGCUUCUGGAGUUCGUCUACACGGGACACAUGAACCUCAGCAGCACCCGACAAGCAGCCGUACGGCGAGCAGCCAUCUUCUUAGGAAUGACCGAAGCCACGAAAUAUCUGGAGGAGUUCCCUCACUGGUCUGAACUCGGCGAAACGUCACAGUCAGAGGCAGAUAAAGAGACGGGUCUCUCGCCUCCCAGCCCCGCCUCCCCAAGCACCCCCAACUCCCCAGUCCCACUAUCCAUAGUCUCUGUUAAGGGGGAAUGGGAGGACGAAGGUAAGGGCAGCAGAGAGCAGGAUGAUGAGGGCAGAGAUAUGUUUGUGGAAGACGAUGAAGAGUACACCCCAAGCACGCCGAGGAGCACCGGGAGAGUAGGGGGCGGGAGGAGAGGUAGAAAGCCUAAAAGUUUUGGCGACGAGCAGAUGGAGGCGAGCAGCUCUGCUGACGGCACGCCCAAAAUCUACAGCUAUAGAGGGAGAGGGCGAGGGAGAGGCAGGGGCAGGGGGAGAGGAAGAGGAAGAGGAAGAGGGAGCUUAAAAAGUCAAGAACUCUAUUUGGAUGACUCUGAUACGAGCGUGAAGGACUUUGGAGACACCUCAGCAGACUGGAGCCCCUCACAGGGGGAAGAAGAGGAGGAGGAGCCUGGGAUGAAGAGGGCGAGGCUGAGCACCGGAGAGGGGAGGAGAGGGCGAGGCCGCGGGAGAGGGAGAGGCCGCGGGAGAGGGAGGGGCCGAAACAGGGGACAGACCGAUGAGGAGGAGGAGGAGGAGGAGGCAAGGGAUGACAGCGGAGGCACGGAGGAGGAGGUGGGGGAGGGAGUGGAAGAGGGUGAGAUCGGGGAGAUGGAUGCGCUGGCUCUGGGCGAGAUGUCGCUGUCGUGCACAGAGUGCAACAAACUGUUUAAAGAUGUGAGCAGCCUGCGCCGCCACGAGAAGAUCCACAAGGGGCUGAAGCCGUUCGCCUGCAUCUUCUGCUCCAAAACCUUCAGGCAGGCCACGCAGCUGAAAACACACCUGCGCAUACACACAGGCGAGAAGCCGUUCAAUUGUGCCGAUUGUGACAAGUGUUUCGCUCAGAAGUGCCAGCUGGUCGCUCACCGCCGAAUGCACCACGGCGAGGAGAAGCCGUACACCUGUGAGCGCUGCGGCUUCAAGUUUGCUACCUCGUCCAAUUAUAAAAUACACAUCAGACUGCACAGCGGGGAGAAACCGUACGUCUGUGACAUCUGCGGCCAGGCGUUCGCUCAGUCCAGCACGCUGACGUACCACAAGCGACGACACACUGGGGAGAAACCGUACCAGUGCGACCUGUGUGGCAUGUCCUUCUCUGUGUCUUCCUCUCUCAUUGCCCACACACGAAAACACACUGGCGAGACUCCGUACAAAUGUUCGCAGCCUAAAUGCGACGCCAAAUUUGUCACAUCCUCUGAACUGAAGAAACACAUGCGGCGACUUCACCCAGAGGGGAACAGCGGCGUGCAGUGCCUGCUCUGUGGAAACAGAUUUGCCAGCGUGAAGAACAUGAUCAAACACCAGGACAAAGCUCACGCCGACGAAGUUCGGCAACACAAGGAGAGAGCCCGAGCCGUGGUCCUGCUGUCCACCAGCCAUCCCGUGGCCUUCGUCCAGAGCAAGCUCUCCCAGGAGAACAAAGGUUUGGGCUCCAUCCCUGAGUGCGAGCCGGCCAACCCUGAACCGGCCACUCCCAACCCUAAAGCCACUGACCCCGCCGCGGUUUCCUCUGAUGCCACCACCACUGACUCUGCUACAACCACGACCGCCACCAGCGUGACUGCUGACAGCGACACGGACGCCGCCGCCAUCAUCCAGGACUUCAAGGCAGAGCCCACACACCCCCCUCUCACCACCGCAGAGCAGGUGACCUUCGACGCCGAUCAGGAGCAGACCAUCAACUCGGACACGCUGCACGCGCUGGUGGAGCAGCUGCGGCCGCCGCCUUCACCCGCACAGACGCUGGAGCAGAUUGUCAUCAUCAAGACGGUGGAUAACAUGGACAACAUGCCCCCUCAACAGUGAGGCCUGAAUAACACUGAUCAGAACUAAACUUCAAUUUUGAACAGUCACUCGCUGAUUGGGAUAAAGUCAGUGCUCAUGUUCAGGAUUAAAAAAAAAUCUACAAUACAAGACAAUUUGGUCCAACUCGGGCUUUAUUUUCAUAGUUUUGACCAUCAUUUCUACCUGUGGUACAAACAGGAAAUGCAAGCAGUCGGGUUAGAAACUAACAUCAAGGUUAGACAAAGUAUUUUGGACGACAAACAGCAAAAUAUAAUCUAAACUAUAUGUCACCACAUUCAGUUAAAUCCAUUAGGACAGACAGUCAUUGGAGCGUUUGCAGACUUUUUAAAUACAUUAAUCGCAUUAUGUGAUUAUUAUUUGUCAAAAAAGUCUCAAGUAGCAUCCUCAGAAGUCUUUUUUUGUCUUCCAUACAUCCCAAAACCCAAAGACUUUCAGCUCUCUGUGACUUAAAAUGGAGAAAAGCACUAAGUUCUGCAUUUCAGAGGCUGAAACUGGAAACGUGUGAUGUGGUUACCACAGUUUGUACAAAAACGAUGCGCUGGCAUGCACACAUUUAAUAUUUUGCAAUUAAAAAAAACUUUCCAGUAUUUUUUUUAAAUUGUGACGUAUGAGAAACAGAUGAUCAGAUUCACAGCUCAUGGUCUGUAAUUUGGUUUAUUGUCAAAAUUACUUUAGCAGUAGAUUCUAAAAUAUUUACAGAUGAACAACCAAGACGAGCGUUUCCACUAAAUUAACACUGAUGCAAAAAGCAUCAAAUGAAGCUAUAAAAAACCCAAAACAUAAACCCUUAAAGAAGCAGCGUGGCUUCAGUUGAGUUGGUUUACUGGUCAAAACUAUAAGAAUAAAACCUGACCCAGUCAUCCUUUUAAAAAUGCCCAUAUUUUUAUUAGAAGUGAAAUGAAAGUCAUGAUCUAGCAGGACGAUUUACAGCUCCUCAAAGAGAACACGGGUCACAUGGCAAACAAGAUGCAGUGUGAGGAGAUCUGAAAGAGGCUAAAAACAGAUCAGUUAUUUUUCUAAUGAAGAUUUUUGUUUCCUUGGCAGAGAAGAGGAAUGAGUGGCAAUAAAAGGCAGAAUCAAAUUAUUAUAACCUGCAGAAUCCCAAUAAGAUUCUCUCUUUGUGUUCAGCAGUGACGUUCAUGAUCAGCACUGAUGAUUUCAUGCUGUUGUGCUUAAACCUGCUAACUGUUGGAGUCACAGUUAAACUACAUUCUUCUUGUAAAAUCCACUGUUUGGGUUUACCAGAUGUAACCAGUUUUCUCCAAGCAUUAACCAGCUGUACACAUAAAGAUGACCAGUUUGA